AUGGAGCACAUUAGAGAUUGGUCCGGCCUAAUUCACGAGAUGUUGGUUGAGAUAACAAAACAUAUAUCAGUUGUGGAAGAUUUCAUGGCUUUCCGAGGGGUUUGUGCUUCUUGGCGAUCCGCGGCAAAAGAACAUAAGUUUGCCAAUGCCUUGAAGGGGGUUCCGUUGCUUAUGCUCGCAGAGAAAGAAGACAGUGAUGAACGUGAAUUUUACUGUCUCUCGGGAAGAAAGACGGCUAUGCGGAUACCACUCCCGGAGGCAAAGGGUAGACGGUGCAUGGAAGCCGGAUUUGGUUGGUUCUUAACGGUUUCAAGUUCAGGUGAGAUUAAUUUAUUGAACCCUUUUUCUCGUUCUCAGAUCCAACUCCCCGGCUGUACAACUUUCCCUGAUUCUGAGGAAAACCACUACCAUGAGUAUGUUCGGACAGUUUCGUUUAUAAGCAGAGCGGCUCUGUCCGCAAAUCCCACGCACACUUCAGAUAUUGUUGUAGCUGUAAUUUACUCUGCUGGUUCCCACUCUCGGGCUUUUGCCUUAGCGUUUUGGAGGACAGGUGACCUGAUGUGGACAGGUAUAGAGCCAACCUGUACGAAUUCCAAGUAUUGGUGGGAUGUUGGUUUCUAUAGCGGAAAGUUUUUUGCAAUUAAUGCAAGGGGCCAAGUUUUCGGGUGGGAUCAUGGAUCCUCCUCAUCCAUUGUGACCCGCAAUAAAUCCUCCUCAUCACAUGAGAGGGUUGCUACUGCCAAUCUUGAUCUGACGCUGGAUUUCGAUAUUUUAUUAUAUCGGGCAGCCUAUCUAUUAGAAUCAUCAAGCGGCGAAUUACUGGUUGUCACCCGGGACGGUGUGACCGUAGAGGACGACGAUUGGAGUUACGGUGUUACUAAUUUUAAGGUCGUUCGAUUGGAUUUGAUAAAAUGCGUAUGGGAGGAGAUUACUACUUUGGGGUUGGAUGCCAUCUUUGUUGGCCAUAGUCUUGGCAUCUCUGUUGUGGCUUCUGCUUUUCCGGAUGCAAUCAAACCCAAUUGUAUUUAUUUUUCAGACGAUUGCGUUGAAGCCUAUUCUUACUCUCAAGAACGUGGAAAAGGAGGAGGCCGGCUUGUUCUAGGGGGUGGUGAGGAUAUGGGAAUCUACAAUUUUGAAGACGGAAGUAUCGAUCGAUUUAGUGACAUCGAAUCUCUUAGUUUUAUAUGCCCGCCCGUUUGGAUAUCAUUCUGA